AGAUUUGCGAAGACUUCCGUCAACAAGCGCUCUCUCCUCAGUGUAGAGCGGAUAACGGAGUCUCCGGUCAGACAUGCCUUUUCUCGGUCAAGAUUGGCGUUCCCCAGGGUGGAGCUGGAUAAAAACAGAGGAUGGAUGGAAAAGGUGUGAAUACCCCUGUGAUGACGCUGAAGGGAACAACCUUAAUCUCCACCUAUUAAAUAUCAAUGAUGGCGAAAGCUUUGAGGAUGAAAACUGCUCUCUACCCCCUACCAAAAGUGAAAAGGAUCAAUUCAACAACACUACAAAGUCGCAGUACUUUUACCAAGAGAAGUGGAUUUAUGUGCACAAAGAAAGUACAAGAGAAAGACAUGGGUAUUGUACCUUGGGCGAAGCCUUCAAUCGUUUAGACUUUUCAAGUGCAAUCCAGGACAUCCGAAGAUUCAAUUACGUUGCUAAAUUGCUGCAGCUGAUUGCAAAAUCUCAGCUCACAUCCCUGAGUGGGGCGGCACAGAAGAAUUAUUUUAACAUUUUGGAAAUUAUUGUAAGAAAAGUUCUUGAAGAUCAGUACAAUCCACAGUUAAUUCGAGACCUUCUCCAUGACCUGGGCUCCACCCUGAUCAGGGAAGUCGGCCGAUGUGUAUUGAUAGGCAACAUCAACAUCUGGAUUUCUCGGCUGGAGAUUAUUCUUUCAUGGCAAGAGCAGCUCAUGAACCUGCAGAUCAGUCCGAUACUUGGCAAUGGUCUAACCCUAUGCGAUCUACCACAACAAAUGAAAAGCAAUAUCCUCUUCAGAUUUUCUGAUGCCUGGGAUAUAAUCAACCUGGGUCAAAUGACCCCUUCAUGGCAUAUGCUUAGCGAAGACCACUAUCUCUGGAAAGAACUCUGCAAAUACCACUUUUCGGAGAAAAUGUUUUGUAAAGAUUUGAUCUUCACAGAAAAUGGUCAUAUUGACUGGAAAUUAAUGUUCUUCACACUGGAGAAGUACUACCCAAAAAGAGAACAAUACGGGGAUACACUGCACUUCUGCCGUCAUUGCAGCAUUCUCUUUUGGAAGGAUUAUCAGCUUGCUCUUUUAUUUAAGGACUCGGGCCACCCCUGCACGGCCAACGAUCCCCGGAGCUGCCUUACACCCGUCUCCCCGCAGCACUUUAUUGACCUCUUCAGAUUCUGAGGGCACCAGUCACUUUCUUGACGACAGGAACUUUCUUUGUUUUAAUGAGGCAAAUAUGGAAUUGUUUUAAAGCACUUGUUAAGAAAGAGAUAAAAAAAAUAUAUAUUAAUGUGUAUGAAAAUGUAUUAUGGUACAAAUAGGAGAGACCAAAUCUUUUAAUGUUUUUAUAUGAUAAUGUCAUUGUAUGUUUUAUCUUGUGUCCUGAUUGCUUGGCCCACACAAAGGGGUUUAAUGAGCAGGUCCCUCAGGAUUAGAAAACCCCUUCUAAGAGUCCUUGAGUUGUCCCCAGCCAAUCCUUGCACACUUUUGAUUCUGGGCAAGCUAAGUGACACCCAGUAUACCUGAUUCUGCAGCUCCUGUCAGUUGUUGGGCUAGUCCUGCCAGCAUGAAUCCACUCUCCUGCAGUAUUGCCAUUCAGAACUGUACUGAGCGGCGAGCCCCAUAGGAACAGUGGGCAUGUAUCUAAUCCUCCAGCUCGCCCAGAGACUAGGUGUAGACACUCCACUUGUGUGAGGCUCUAGUUCAGGGAUGGCCAACCUGAGGCUCUCCAGCUGUUGCAAAACUACAACUCCCAGCAUGCCCAGACUGCCUACAGCAGGGCAUGGUGGGAGUUGUAGUUUUACAACAGCUGGAGAGCCGCAGGUUGGCCAUGCCUGCUCUAGCUUGUGUGCAAAUUAUUUUGUCCUUGCACUUUUAUGUUUCAUGAACAGCAUUUGGCCUGUCUGACUGCAGAAAUGUCAGAUUUUUAUUUAUUUUUUCCCCUUCCCCAUUGUGAUGGCAAUGAGCCUUCAAACAUGUACAGCGGGUUAUUUACACAAGGAAGCGAUUGUUAGACGCAAUUGAAACUCGUCCAGUUAGCCAAAGUCAUAGUUGUGUAAACCUACCUUAAGGAAUGGCAUAAUAUAAAUCCCCAUGUCAAGGGUUUUUAUCUGGCAUGGAGUUACAUGAGGUGACAAACACUCCUAUACAUACACCAGUUACUAUAAAUAAAUAUAUACAGUUGUGUUCAAAAUAAUAGCAGUCAGACAUCACUAACCUGAUCAAUCACUGGUUUUGGUAGAAAUUAUAUUUCUACAUGGCAAAUAAUUUACUAGCAGGUGUAGU